UGUUCUCUGCUUAUUAUUUAAGAACAAUCGAUUUUUAAAGCAAUAACAGUAGUGAACAAGCUUUACAAGUGAUCUUUUUUGUCUUCAGUGAUCUUAUAGUAUUUAUUUAAUUAAUUAAAAACAGCAAAAUGUCUCUUCCAAAAACAUUUGUCAAAGGUUUUCAUGAUGAAAAUCUUGUUGCAAAAAUGGAAUAUUUACCCCUUGGAAAAACUGGUCUAAAAGUGUCUAAAGUAUCACUUGGUGGUGGAACUUUCAGUGGUACUUUUUAUGGAGAAAUUGAGCUAAGCGAAGCUAUCGAAACAGUUCACAAAGCUGUUAAAAGUGGUAUUAAUUACAUUGACACUGCUCCAUUUUAUGGCGAAGGUCGUUCAGAAGAAUUGCUUGGAAAAGCACUUAAAGGUGUUCCAAGGGAAUCAUAUUAUUUGGCAACAAAAGUUGGACGUUAUACAAGAGAUUUUCCAACUAUGUUUGAUUAUUCAGCUAAAAAGACACGAGAGAGUUUAGAGAAGAGCUUAAAAUUAUUAGGCCUUGAUUAUGUGGAUGUUAUUCAAAUUCAUGAUAUUGAAUUCCCAGAAACAUUCGAUGUUGUUUUAAAUGAAUGUUUACCAGAAUUAGAAAAAUUACGAAAGGAAGGUAAAGUACGUUUUAUUGGUGUUUCAGCUUAUCCAAUGGAACCACUGAAACGCAUUAUCCAAGAAGUUCCUGGAAGAUUCGAUAUUGUUUUGUGUUACUCUCGUUACACACUGCUCGACAAAUCACUCAAGGAUUAUCUUCCCUUCUUCCUCGAACAAAAGCUUGGAGUUAUAUGUGCCGCUGGCCAUGCACUAGGCCUUCUAACUAACAAGGAACCACAACCAUGGCAUCCAGCCUCUGAGGAAAUAAAAUCUAUUUGCCGAAAAGCGGCAAAUAUUUGCAAAAAUGCCAAUAUCGAUCUCGGCAAACUAGCCAUGUACUACUGUAUGCAAUUAGAAGGUCCAUCCACCUUCCUAACCGGAAUGGAAAACAGGAAGUUGCUCGAUAUUAAUUUGAAAUCAUACUAUGAAGGCCUUACAAAGACUGAGGAGGAAGUGCUCAAACAAUUAAAGGAAACAGUAUUUACUAAAUCACUGAACUGGGAGGGCAUUGAACUGGAGAGGUAUCGUGCUGCAAUGAAGAAAAUUGCACAAAGUUGAUAGCUGUCCGGCAUGGUAGCAUGAUGGCAUAUGGUGGGACUGUGGUGGUUGGUGGGAUUGGCGUUACCAAGCUGCUAUAGACGAAACAUAAAAUUAUAUCUUAUCUACUUUGUUAUUAAUAAUUUUUUUAUCA